GUCCUCGCGUCUGUGGGGUCCUGAACCCGACUCCUGACCAAUGGGUCACUUCUUGAAAACGGGGUGUCCGGGCGGAGCGAGGCGUACUGGACGCACUGUGGCUGUAUCGUGCGCGAUGAAUGCGAAGCCAGGUCGACGCUAAUCGCUCUGCGCGUCCCCGGGCCGCAAAUUCAGGCUCUGGUCCAAAACAGGUUUCAGGAUUGAGCAGUGGCAAGUCUACGCCUAGGGACGUUACGACACAACUGAGCAUCCCAAGAGGGGGACCAGGACCCUCAUUGUUGGCCCGAGAUUGACCGGUCCAACGAGUCGCGCCGCGCGGCCGUAGACGACAGAUGAACUCCUAAGGGUAACGUCAGCCCUCACGCCGCCGUCGCGUCACCUCAGUGUCAGGAUGUGUUGGAACCGCAACGUCUCGAUAGUAGCCGCCGUUUGGGGCUGGGUCGCGUGUGCUCUCUUGGCAUACCGCGGGGGCCGCAACGACCGCUGGUACGCCCUCUACCUCUUCACCUUUACGCUGACGCAAGUCAUCGACGCCGUGCUGUGGAGCCUGCAGUACGAUCGCGGCCUCGAGGCGUGCGACGGGCGGCAAAUGUCCUUCGCCGUGGGAGCGCCGGACGGCCAACUCGAGAACUUAAUUGUUUCCAAGUACGCGAUCCCGGCCGUUGUCAUCAUCCAGUACGCGGCGCAGCUGGCCUACCCCUCGUCGCGAAACCCGCGCUUGCGCAAGGUCAUGCUGCUGGGCUAUGUCUGCGCCGGAGUCGUCAUGUGCUACACGAGCGGCUGCACGGACGUGAUCCGGGCAAAAUUUCCGGAGCCGCACUCGACGCUGCGGUGGGGCGGCACUCGAACGCCUGCCUUGCCCAUCCUCUUGGUCGCCGCGGCGACGAUUGCGAACUUUUUCGUGGUCGUCGACGAUCGCAUCGUGCUCGCGGUCCUCGUCGUGCCGUUCCUCUGCGUGAUCACGAUUCUCUGGACGACGGAGGGUACGCUGGCGCUUGGCAGCAAGUGGUGUACAUAUUGCCUCAUCUACUCGAUCUUAUUCUUGGCGGCGCCGCUGUGGGACGUCCGGCGCUGGAAGGACAACGAGCCCCCCGCCUCUCCGGUCGCCUCGCGCGACGACGAGGAAACGAAGGAGGGCGACAUCGAGUCGCUCGUCGCCGCGGAAGAGCGGGGAAGAAAGCAGGCGCGCGACGACGACGUCGAGGAGGGCUGGGAUCGCUUCGUCGCCGAGCAGAGCGGGGAGCUCGAAUGAAUACAUAUUAAUGACAAUCUUUUCUUAAACGAGACGAUAAACAGGACGCGUGCUGGCCGCCACUCUUGUGAGCGGCGACGUUCACAGAGUCUACGAGCGGAAAC